AUGCAUCCGAGUACCAACGAAAACUAUUUCACGGCGAGCAAGAAAUGUAAGAACCCAGAGCAGCCUGGCCAACUGAAGCUAAAACUUGAGACUGACACAGUGUCCGUCUCCAGGUGCUUGACCGAUCUCUUUGUACGCAUCAAGUGGGCACCAGAAGGCCAGAAAUCAGUCUUCAUUGGUCAGAUAGAAGGUUGGAUCAUCGAUAAAUCCUUACGCUCCGAAGCUCGCGGAAAGCUCUGGGUAGAGGACUUUUCAACCUUGGACAGCGAGGAUCCUCUUCUGGGUCUCUGCGAGCUCACUGGGAUCUUCUACGAUAGUGCUGGACGUCGCAGACCCUGCUAUAAGGCCUUGGCCACGGAACUGAAAGCUGAUCGUUUCGUAUACAUCAACAAAAUAUACAUCGAGCCCAAGUAUCGAGGCGCCAAAUUGGGCACCCACGCUUUGAGCGCAUUCCAUAAGCAAUUGCGAGGUCUCCCAGAAUGCUAUGGGCUCGCCGAGAGCACGAUUAUACUGCAACCAGCCUUUUUCAGUGACGAGGGUGAAGAACCUUCAAAGGAGCUGCUGGCCAGAACUCAGCAGCAGCUGAUCAGAUUCUAUACCAAGAAUAAGUAUAGCAUCUAUCAUCAAGAUGAUGUCGAGCUCAUGGAGACGGAAAGUACGUACACGCUGAUGGGUCGUAAGCUGGCGCUAGACACUGCUGAACAUGAAAGCGAGGAUGAACCGGAUGCUUCGAAAGAUAGCGAUGUUUCCGACGAAGAUGACACCGGAUCGAUAAAGGAAGCUGAGAACAGCCCCGAGUCGAAGAACGACGAUGAUGAUGGUAAGAUGUCGCUGGUCGCUGAUCAGGACGCCACUGCACAUACAAUGAGGGAGAGAAGGAUGAGCUGA